AUGAAAGCAACGGGUUCACAAUCACAGGGAUUUCCAAGCCCACAAAUGGCGGCGAUCGAUGGGGCCAACAUUGGAGGAGGACGACAGUGGACGGAGGGAUGGACGGCAGGUCAAAUGAGCACUUCUAAGGGACGGCAGGUCAAUGUUUCAGGUAGGUGGUUUGUAAGAUGA